UGCUUCGUUUUUAUACCUGCUUGCUGAAUUGUUUCUGAAUCAGCAAUGUGAAAUAUUGAAGCAUGAGCUAUUUGGAUUCUGAUGGUUCGGAGAACUUGAAGAUUCUUAACAAGUGCUAUUAUUUGCUGUAUAUUUUCCAAUAUUCAUUGUUCAAAUCAUUGGACUGUUUUCUUUUAGUUAAGUAAGCAGAGAUUCCAAUAAAGUUUCAAUAAGAAGCUUUGGAAGGAACAAUCACCAUUACAGAGAAGAGACUUGUGGAGGAUGAUUUCAAUAAAAGUUCAGGAAGGGAUUUGCAUAAGAUCUCCAAAUUAGGCCAUCUGCUUAAAUAUUUGGUACCAGUUAAUGCUUCUACAAACAAGUAUUACAUGCGAACAUUCAGUUUUUGGUUGUUACUACUUGUAAAUGAUGCCUUCUUUCAAGAUUCUUAUUGUGUAACAAGAACACCAUUGCUAGAAGCAUGGCAGACUUUAAACCACUUGAGAGAAUGAGCAUUUUAAUGGCUAACUUCUGCUUAAUGAUGAAUGAAGGUGACCAAUUCUUCACCUUUAAGUCCAUCCAGCUUGACUUGGCCAUGUUUUGAAGAAACCAGCUUGCGAGAAUCCCCCUUCCUUUUGUAGUUAAACCGUGCAUUAGAUAACCCAAAGUGCUUGAUAAACUAUUCAGUGUUAAAUUUCUCUUUUACCACUGAAAAUCUUUGCACAAUCUGAUUCUCGUGGACUCCCUGUAGCUAUUGAAAAUGACAACUCAAAGAUGCAGAAUCAUUCCUACCAAAUUUUGAAAAUUCCUCAUGAAUGUGGGGAACUGAAGCAGCAGGUCUUUAUUACUGUGGAAGUAAUUAGAGUAUUGGAUUUCUGUACUUGAGAUAUGCUGCAGAUCCUAAGACCUUAUGGAGUUGGUGUGAGCCAUAUGUUAAAGAUGAAGAGGAAUUUUCUCCAGGAUCAAAUGGGCGAAUGACCACAAUGGGUGUGUAUUUGCGCGAUUUGCUUCUUGGACAGUAUUAUUUUGAUACUCUCUUUCCUAGAAUCCCUGUCCCAGUUCUGCGGCAGAUUGUUGCUAAUCUUGAAAAGAUGAAACUUCCUACCAAGCAUUCUGGUGUGACGGGUGAUACGACCCGUCAUGGGUCUGAGGAGACUGCUCGACGACCCCCUUCUGUGAAAGCUUCUCUUUCUGUGUCUUUUGGUCAGAGGGCUCCUCAUCGGGCAUCAACUAGAGAUUCCUCACCUGUUCGUCGCACCUUACCAGUACCUCCUUUUGAAAAAGGUGGUGGUGAUGAUCUCCGAAAAUCUCCUAGCCAUCGCAGCCAGAGCCGUGAUGAUCGAGAACAUCUGGAGAGGGACACACAAUUGGAUAGAGACCGAGAUCGGGAUCGCGAUAGAGAGAGACAUCGUAGUGACCGCGAUCGAGAAAGGGAGAGGGAUCGCGGAGAUCGUGAAAGGGAACGAGAUAGAGAUAGGGACAGGGAUCGUGGACGUGACACACAUCGUGAUCGAGAUAGAGAGAGGGAUAGGGAUAGAUUGAGGGACCGCGAUCGAGAAUGGGACAGGCGUGAUACUGACCGUAGAUCCAGGCAUGCAGAGAGAGAUUAUGAGAAGCGCAGCAGGGAUUCUCGGAGGAGCAGGAGCCGGAGUCGAAGUCGGAGCAGAAGCCAGAGUCAGAGCCUGCGAGAUGGUGGCGCGCAUCUCGACCGUAAUCAUCACAGUCCACAGAAAGACGGAGUGAAGGAGAAGACCGCCGCAUCUUUGAAUCUAGCCAAGCUGAGGGAUCUCUACGGGGAUGCGAGCGAUCAGAAAGGGGGUUCUACUAUGGAAAGGAUUCCUAGAGGUAGAAGUGAAGGUGAAGAAGUCAUUAGACUUGGUGGGUCAACUUGGAAGUAGGAUAAAUGCAUAUGGACCCUCGGCAAGGAUAGUCUUGCCGAUUCAUUUCGAGCAAAAACAGUUCGCAUCGAUCUAUUUUGUUCUGUCUCACGCUCUUAACAGAUACACAUUGAAAGGGCGCGUACAGUUGCAUUGAAAGGGUUAAAAAUUGUGUUCAUGUAUAAUUAGUCUCUGGUUUCUUUCGUUGACCUUUGCAUCGAGCUAUUAACUUUUUAAACAAUGGAAAUGAAUCUUGUUCACCGAUAGAGUUAUAAUUGAAGAUAGAUAUUUCGAUUG